CUUUAAGCCCCGAUAGUGCCAUAUGGCACUCUUGCGUGACUGCAUCUUAUUCCCGAGAGUGCCAUUUGGCACUCUGAGACCUGCCUUCAUUCUGACCAAUCAAAAGACCUGUUAUAUUGUUGCUAGGCUGCUCCAUUGUUUUUCAACCAAUAGAAAAGAGUUUUAGCUUUCAUUUGACGUGUCAAACGUGACAAGCUUUCACUGAGCAUCACGAUGAAAAUCGCAACUGAAGUUUGAUGGCGGCCGCUAGCGAAAGCGAAGUUGAAGAGGACGUGUUCUUGGGAUUUGACGAAGAAGAAAGAGAAACUGUUGCUGCUUGGAGACAAGAAAGAUUUGAAGCUAGAAAUCAGAGUGACUCGGAGUCAGAUAUUUCAGUCUCUUCUGUUUCUACCGAAGACCUUUCAGACUUUGAAGAGGAAGAAGCCGAAGAAGAAACGUGGAACGAAAACUCAAACCCUGUUGAGGUCUCCCCAUUCACUGAGGCUACUGGCCCAACUUCUGGAGUUGCAGAAGAUGGAACUGCAAUCGAUUUCUUCUAUUUGAUGUUUCCAGAAGAACUUAUAGAGCAAAUCGUCGCUGAAACGAACCGCCAUGCACGGGAAUGUAUCGCUACGAAGCCCGACCGUGAAUGGUAUGAGACAACGCUUGAUGAAAUGAAAGCCUUUAUCGGUCUUCACGUGCUGUUUGGCAUCAAAAGGUUGCCUGCAACUCGCCUUUACUGGAGUGAGGAUCCACUCAUUGGCGUCCCUUUCGUUAAAAAAGUGAUGUCGAGAAAUCGCUUUGACAAAUUGUCCAAGUAUUUUCAUUUAAAUAAUAAUGCAAAUCAAGCUCCUCGUGAAGAUCCUGGACAUGACAAAUUGUUCAAAGUUCGCCCUGUUCUUGAUCGCGUCGUUCAAUGUUGUAAAAUGGAACUGAGACCGCAAAAAGAUUUAUCCGUCGACGAAGCGAUGGUAAAGUUUAAGGGACGGCUUGGAAUGAGACAAUAUAUGCCGAUGAAGCCUGUUAAGCGUGGAAUUAAAGUGUGGGUUUGCGCCGAAGCGUCUAGUGGCUUUGUCUGCGACUUCCAAGUUUACACGGGAAAAAGACAAGAUGGCGCCGCCGAACAAAACUUGGGUUAUCGUGUUGUUCACGAUUUAACUCGGAGCUUUACUGGGAAAAAUCAUCAUGUCUUCUAUGACAAUUUUUUCUCAACUGUUAAGCUUGCCGAAGAUCUGUUGGAGGAUCAAAUUUAUUCAUGUGCAACGGCAAGAGCGAACAGGAAAGACUUUCCUAAGGAUCUCGCGGCAAACAAUCCUCGCAUCAAGCGAUUGAAGCAAGGAGAGGCGCUGUUUAGGCGAAAGAACAAUGUCGUUGCAACAACCUGGAAGGACAAAAAGGUUGUUCACUUUAUCAGUACUGAAAGUAAUCCAGUAGGAAACGAGACUGUAAACCGUAAGCAGCGCGAUGGAACUGUUAUUCAAGUGCCGACUGUUCCCGUUGUGAAGAGUUACAACAAGAGCAUGGGAGGCGUAGACCUUCACGAUCAGUUGCGUGGGUAUUACGCUAUCGGAACUAAAUCAAGGAAAUGGUGGCGCUAUCUUUUUUGGUUUUGUGUCGAUCUAAGUAUUGUCAAUGCGUUUAUCUUGGAGAAAAAGGCCGUAAAUCAUCGUUCAAGAACACAACUAACAUUUAGAGUCGAACUUGCGAAGGACCUUAUCGGGGAUUUCACGAGCCGUGGAAGAACAGCAAGUUCUGGGCAGACGGAGGCUGGACAUUGGCCGAUUGCUUUUGAUAAAGGACGAUGCAAACGAUGCCUCAAACGAAAGAGGACAACGUUUUGCAGAAUGGGUUGCCAGCACUGCAACAAGCGGAUUUGCUUGGAAUGCUUCCCGAAUCACAUCGGUGACCUAAGCUAAGCGCCACAAGCGCGCGAAAUUCAAAUUUCACCUAUUGAACAUUUGCUUCGUUUACUUCGCAAUAACCAGAACUUGAGGCAUUACUUGAAAUCUAUUUUAUUGUACAUAGACAUAUUUAUUGAUGCUUUCGCAUUUAGUAGGAUUUAGCUAGUAUUUGAGCGUUUUUUUUGCCAUUUUUUUGCAAGGUAACAUUGUAUUUCAGUGUAAACAAUGACAUUUUUCAGACUUGUGCAAUGUUUCUCUUGCUUCAGUUCACUUCAUGAUUAACCGUUUGCUGUAGGUUAAGUCUAGAAUUAAAGAUAAAUUGUUGCUGAA